UUAAAUAAUAAUAAUAAUAAUAAUAAUAAUAAUAAUAAUAAUAGUAAUAAUGUAAAUAAUAAUUAUAAUAAUAAUAAUAAUAAUAAUAAUAGUAAUAACUAUAAUUCAAUAAAUAAUUACUAUGGUUCAUAUAACCAACCCCAUAGUAGUUUAAAUAAUAGCAAUAAUAGUUAUAGUUUUAACAAUAGUAAUAAUAGUAAUAGUAAUAUUAAUAAUAAUAAUAGCAAUAAUAAUGUUAAUAAUAACCAACCAGAAGAGUUUUGCGUUUGUUUGAAUAGAUGUUCGGAUAAUGAAGCUUAUAUUCAAUUUUUAAAAGAAAAAAAAAGGGGUGGAUCACCUAAAUUUAGAGGUGUUACUAUUCCAAUUAGAACUGAAAGAGAUUCCAUUGAAAAUUAUAGAAAUGGGGAAUUACAUUUUGUAGAUAGAACUUCAGGUCAAAAGAAAAGUAAACUUAGAAAAGGUCCAAAUGGUGAUUCAUGGAAACAAAAUGGGAGUGAAACCAAAAUUACUGACAGUGUAAAUAAAGUAACAAUUGGUAUCAAAAGAACUUUAACUCUUCAAGACAAAGAGAAAAAUAAAAAACUUUGGGAAUAUAGUCUUUUUGAAAAUGGUGUAGAAAAUCAAGUUUUAUUAUUUAGACACUUUUUAACUGAUCUUCCAAAUAAAUCUAAAAGAGAACAAAUUCCAGACUUAAAUGGUGAUCGUGUUUUUGUUCAAACUAAUUUCCCUGAUGCCACAUGUUUAGAUGAAAACAAUAGUAUUAAUAAUAAUAAUAACAACAACAGUGAUAAUAACAGUAACAACAACAAUAAUAAUAAUAUUAAUAAUAAUAAUAAUAACAAUAGUGGUUUUAAUAAUAAUAGCAAUAAUAAUAAUAAUAAUAAUAAUAAUAAUAAUAAUAAUAAUAAUAAUAAUAAUAAUAAUUACAACAAUAAUAACAUUAACCCAAACACUUUUAAUACAAAUAAUUAUAAUAACCAAGUUAACAACUCUAGCUACUAUAGUAACAAUAACAAUAACAAUAACAAUAGUAAUAACAGUGGAUAUUAUAGACAACACAAUAAUUCACCAAGUCCAAAUAAUUACCAAGUUCCUUCACCAAAUCAACAAAAUAAUUAUUAUUAUGAACAACAACAAACACAACAACCAAACUUUGUAAAUAGCAACAAUAAUAUGUAUAAUAGUAGCAAUAAUUACCAAAAUAAUUAUAAUAGAGGGGGUUCACCUUAUAAUAAUAAUAAUAAUAAUAAUAAUAAUAAUAAUAGUAAUUUUAAUUAUAACCAAUAUCCACAACAAUAUUAUAAAAAUGCUCCUCAAUAUUUACCAUCAGUUCAAAACCAACAACAACCAUCACAAUAUUUAUUUCCACGUUCAGCUCCAGUUUCGAUGAGUCCAGGUUCGGGAGGCGUCCCUUCACCUUCAUCAUCUUCACCAGAUAAACCAAGAAUGCUUAAUGGUUCACCUAGUAACCAAAAUUCAUUAUAUGGAUUAUCCAAUAUUAUUAACAACAACAAUAAUAAUAAUAGUAAUAAUAUAACACCAUAUAACCUAUCACCAUCUCAAAUCCAACCACAAUCUACACCAUCACAACCAAACUAUCCUACUAAUUUUGUAAAUCAUAAUAACUAUAAUAAUAAUAACAAUAUAACCCAAACUGCACCUAAACCAACCCCACUUCCAUCAAUUUUUCAAGGAGUUUUACAAAAAAGAAAAAGCUCUGAUGACCUUUCAGCUGACAAUAGUAACAAUAGCAGUCCCGCAAAUAGCUAUAAUAGUUAUACUUUAAAUAACUAUCCACACUCACCACUUUCAUCCGGUCAAACCUCUCCAACUAUAGAAUCUUUUAACAAUAUAAAUAUGGGUUUCGAAAAUAAAAAGAAAAGAAGAGAUUCUGAUUCCGAAGGUAGCAUUUGUAGUGGUCCAGAUAAAUAA